UUCAUGUAUUGAAAAAAAGCCGUUACGUGAAAUGCAUUUCCCGCGUUUUUUGUGAAAUUCACGUUACUGCCUGUUCAAUCGGAUUAAUUUUAUCCGUAUCAGAUUUAAAUUUCUCGUUAGCAAUACAAAGUUAAAUGCUAUGGUCGCAAUAAAGAAAAUCGAAUUUAAUCCAUUAUUAUUAGUUCGUUUGUAUUGACUAUUAUAAAAUCGAAACGUGUGAGUUAUAUUGAAAGGUCGUAGUUGAAUAACGUCAGACUAAUAUUUCAAAUUACAAACAUUUCGUCAAAUGAGUAAAAGUUACUUACAUUAAUUGUGUAAUCCUUGUUGAUCCAUUCGUAAUUAGCGAAGUGUCGAAUUUAAAGUAAACGAAACUCGCGCUGACUGGACCGAGCGAAAACGGAAACACCCGAAGACGAUCGAACCGUACAACGCAAUAAUUUCAAAAUUUAUGCGCGUGCACAUGUACGCGUAAGUGUCUCACGCGACUUAUGUAUUUAGUUGCGUGUUCACGCCACAUUUGCGGUGUAACGAAUACUGUUAGAUUUAUAUGUUGAAUGGCUUGUCUAGGAGAAAUGAUAAAGCGCGAAAGUUAUGUUCCUUCAACCCUCCAGCAGAUGGCACUUUGUCAACCUGUUCCCAGGUGAAUGUUGUCAAUGCGCAUGCGCGUCGACCUAUCGCUCCAAUAGAGCGGUGCUCAAGUUUCGAUGUGAGUAGUAGUGCGGCGACCGUAGAGAGGAGAGGGUGUUUGUAUCGAUAGGCAACACGACAUACCGAUGUUUCAGGGAUAUUUAACCAUGGGCUCAACGUAGUCAACGAAGAGGUCGACAAAAGUUCGCUAAACGAUCAAGUAAUUUGACCAGGACCAUUAAUCAGCAAUACAAAAAAUCAGUACAAAGACUAAGAACCAAAAAAAAAGAGAAAAACGAAGAAAAAUCAGGAAAAAGAUGUAAGGGAAGUUGCAAGGAAAGUACAAUAAGAAAAUAAAGCGAGGACAAUCUUCACUAAAGUUACCUAAUUACUCGACGUAAAUUAUUUAAAUAAAUUAAUAUACGUAUUUCUAUGGACGACUGAAGAUAAAAUUGUACAUUAAAACACGAGAGAUUAUUAUUAUACUAAUCGCUGUUAAGAGACAUUUGAUGUUUAAAGUAUUAUUAGAAGAAGGAAUAUUUUGAUUUUGAGUAGAGAAGAUUUAAAAAUAGAGAGAUUAUGAUUUGAAGGGAGAGAAUACAAUCAACUGAAGAAAUAUACACGUUUAAGAAAGUAUAGAUGUUGAAUAAAUAGUUGAUUAUAUAAAAUGUUUAGUGUACAUUGGGUCCACGUUUGAAGAGAUUAAAUCUGUUUUUAUUGUUAUCACUGAAGAAUAUAUUUAAAAAAUAUAUACUGCAAGAAGAAAUAUACUAUAAAGGUCUUUUGUCCAGAGGGAAGAAUGUUGAUUUAAAUCGGGAAGGUAAACGUCGAAAAUGAAUCUAGAAGUGGAACUGAUCGCAAGGGUGAUUAAGGGUGGACCACCCCGUAAAAAUUUACCCGCCCCGAGGCUCAUUAAAAUCUUCAUCGCUGGAGAACGGAAUGAGUUUGUCGAGGAACGGAAACAACUGUUAGAAUUAGUCGGACCAGAAUUGCAAUCGAUUUACGAUGACAUGGGAAUCGAGGUUCUUUUGGUGGAUAUGCACUAUGCAACGAAUGUGAAUCCUGAUAGAAGUCCAUACUUAGCCGAAUACUUUUUCGACGAAAUACAUGCUGCUUAUCAACAUUCGAGAGGCUGUUUUCUAUUGCUGCUUGUCGGAGACGAAUACAAUACAGGAUGGCUGCCGACGAGACUCAGCGAGGAGACUUAUGGAAUUCUAUCUUCCCGUUGCUCCGCGAUGGAGGAAUAUUACGAACAGGAUAGUAAUUGCUACGUCUUAAAGGCUGGCAGAUACGACACUGUAAAAGACAGCUGGCAAAGUUCAGAACCAACGAUUCGAGAGACGCUGAAGAAAGCAGCGGAGUCCGUCGUAUCCGAAAAAUGUGAUAACGAAGAAAUUCGAAAUAUUUUAAAGAGCACCGUGGAGAGGCAGCUCGAGUACGCCCUAAUGUCUUUUACAGCCUUGGACGAAACAGGAGACGGAAUAAUAGCAGUGACACGAACGUGGAAGGGGAAGAAGAAUCCGAAAGCGGUGUCGUCGUUAAAGUCCCUAGUAACCAGUAAUAUAAGAGAAGACAAUAUUAUUAACGUAGACGUCGAACAAAAGCCAGGCGGUAUUAACCCUGACAAUAGAAACCACAAGGUGUAUUUGGCUCAUCUCUGUCGUUUGGUGGUGAAUCGCGUGCAGACCUUGGUGAACGCUUCGAUCGAAGCGGACCCUGAGAUCAAAAGCAAGAAGAAAAUGGUGCAGGAGAUUUACGCGGAGAGUUUGAUGCACCUGGCUCUCCUGAGAGACGUGAAACCUUGCGGGGAGAAUGAGAACGUCGAACGAAUUAAGCAACUGUUUAUUAAUGGAAAAUCACAGAAACACGGUCCAAUAAUGAUAAAAGGCGGCAAGUACUCCGGCAAGUCCUCUCUGCUGUCAAGAAUCUACGCGGACGCCUCAUCUUGGUUAGAUUGCGCCACUUUCAAAGUGGUUCGCCUCUGUGCUUCCACUCCACGAUCAGCGUACAGCUUGGAGUUGCUUCGAGUGCUGUGUCAACACAUCGGUUUCCUUUCUGGCAUAUUAGACGGAAACCUCCCUAAAGAUGCCUCGUUCGACCCUCUUUACCUGAACAAUUGGCUGGGCCAAAUUAUGAGGAAGUUGGAAGAGGAGCCGCUUAAGGAGCAACUGGUGAUCAUACUUGAUGAUCUUCAUCGAUUGCAUCCGUUGGAGUGCGACAUUGUUGCUGCUCUUUCUUGGUUACCUAUACAUUUACCUCCAGGAGUGCAUUUAGUAGUAACAACAGCGGUACCUCCAGAAAUGCUGCGCCUCACCCCAGUCCAGAAAGAGAGAUUGCGCAGUAGCGAGAUCUUGAUCGAACUACAAGACCCAACUCCAGAUACCCAUGAAACUGAAAAUGUCUUUGACAUGUUAGAAAAGCUGGUAGGAGAAUGUGCAGCCAAUAGAAUUGGCGCGAUUUUAGCUUGCACGGAGUAUGGUUUGUCGGAAACAGAGGUGCUUGAGGUGAUCAUGCCGACUGGGGGUGAUGGACCUCUGUUUCUGGAAGAAGGCAUGUUUAACUUUUCUACUUGGUAUCUGGUUAGGAGGACGUUCAACGAAUUUCUGAAGGUACCAAAGUACCCAGGUACCAAGAUUGAGUUACCUAUUGCUGUUAAGGUCCGGGUGUUAAGCGGAAGACUGCUGUUCUCCUGGCAAUACCCGAUCCGCGACCUCGCCCGCAAGAGAUACUUCUCCAACCAGGAGGUCUUGAAGAGUUACCACGGCGAGCUAGCGAAUCUCUUCUUCUCGGAGGACUUCGAGGACAAGGAUGACAAAUCAUCUCCUGAAGAGGAGACUCCGAAGAAGGAGACACCUUUCCAAAGCAGACCCAGGUCACAAGACACGGCGUACAACAUUAGACACGUCGAGGAAGCGUGGUUACAUUUACUGCGAGCCGGAGACGUCGAGAAGCUAAAGAAGUUAGCGGUCUGCGCCUUCGACUUCCUCCUUGCCGCCGUUCAAAUGAUUUCCGUCAGUUACCUACGAUGCGUUCUGGAACACUCGAGGAGGUACCUGCUUGAAAGAGACUUGGAGUUGGUUUACUACACCAUAAGAAAGUCCAGCGACAUUUUGACGAGGGAUCCUCUCCAGCUUGGAGCGCAGCUCAUCUGCUGGCUGAGACCCGUUGCGGAGGACGGUGGUGAUCUGGUGAGCAGAAUGGUCACUGCAGCAAUGGCUUGGUGCGACGGUUACACGGCCCCGUUAUUAGUGCCAUUAAAUGGCUGGCUUCAACCACCUCUGCCUCUUCAAAUUCGCACACUAUCCUGUCCACAAGGAGUGAAACUCGUGGAGGCUGCUCCUUCGGGACAGCAUGUCAUCGUGGUUCCUUUUCAAGGCGACGCUCAACUCUGGCACGUGAUGUCUGGACAAUUGGUUCACACCUUCAAAGGUCAUUCCAGUCCGAUUUCCUGCCUAGCAGUCACCCAGCAGUCCCAGUACUUGCUGACUGGCUCUGAAGACACUUCGAUCAUAGUCUGGGACAUGAAGGAGUUGACCUUGAAGUUGAGAAUACAGGAACACAUCGCACCAGUAUUGUGCUUGACAUCUGCCCUCAAGAAUUCUGUGAUUGUCAGUGGAGGCGAAGACUCCAGGAUCAUCGCUACGAGUCUGCUAACAGGCGACGUCCUCAUCAAAGUGGACCACCACAGAGGCCCCGUGAACUCCAUUCUCGUCGAUUCCGCCGGGGAGAUCCUCGUCUCCGGCUCCUCUGACUGCACAGUUUGCUUGUGGUGUCUGGUGAGAUUCACGUUGCUGAAGAGCAUCAUGCUCCCCUCCGCGGUGACGAUGCUCGACGUGUCGGCCGAUUCAGUCUUUCUGUUGGCGGCCUGCGAGGAUCAGAAACUGUACCUGAGGUCUCUGGCGACGGGGACAGAGAUACACACGCUGAGGGGACAUCAAGGAGAAGUGAAGAGCAUCUGUCUGGCGAAGGACUGCAGAAGGGCGAUCGCUGGGGGGACCAAGGGCAAAGUCUCGGUUUUUGAUAUGCACAGCGGGAGGCUGACGAAAACACUGCCAGCUAGUCCUUCGGCGGAUGUCACUGCUGUUAAAGUGACAGACAAAGACGACUUCCUAAUAACAGCAGCCGGCGACAGAGUAGCUUACUGGAGCUUCCGCGGUGAAGAAGCACACGCAAAGGUCCAAAAGUCCAGUAAGCAGGAAUCCUUGCAUCCACAUACAGCCCCGAUCUCCUGUUUGGACAUAUCCAGGGAUGGAGCUAUGGCAGUCACCGGUGGAGUCGACUCCCUAGUGAAUUUGUGGCAACUGAACACUCACGAGUUACUCUCGACCUUCGAAGGUCACAUCGCGAGCAUCACCUGCAUUGCGUUCUCAGCUUCUGGGCUAUUCGUUGCUUCCGGGUCCGAGGACAAGACGGUCCGAGUCUGGGGACUGACUUUAGGACUAGUUGUGGCUACCUUCAAACACCAGGCACCGGUUACUGCAGUCACCGCCAUGUUUGACGGCCGGCGGAUAGUCAGUUCCGACAGGGCUGGCGCGAUCCGAGUUUGGGCAGCUGAUACUGGGACUCUGAUUCAGUCCGUGUGUGGACCUGGACGUUGCUUCACUGUUUCUUCUGACAUGAGGUACGCUAUUUGUGGAACCGGAGACAAUCAACUGCGGAUAGUGAGCUUGGGAGCCGGCCCCGAAGAGAAGUACCUGGUCUCACAUUCUCAGGACAUCACAUGCCUAGUGGCUACUCCCGAUUCCCGUCAACUAAUCACCGGCUCCAGAGACAUGAGCCUGAAAGUUUGGCAACUUGCCGGUGGCAAAUUAUCACAGGUGCUCGUGGGACACACCGAUCACGUCACCUGUGUCGCAGUAUCCGUCCUAGAUAAAUCCAUCGUGGUAUCCGGCUCCAAGGACGCCAACCUCAUAGUCUGGGACAUCGACACCGGCUCAGACCUCCACACCCUGAAGGGCCAUUUAGGGUACAUCAUGUGCGUGAAGCUAUCCGGAGACGGCUCUCUUGCGGCUUCCGGGAGCGAGGACAAGAGUCUGAUCAUUUGGGACACGAGGAAAGGCUGUCCUCUCAGCAGCAUCAUGCUACAUGUGCCUGUGCUGGGCCUCGAAGUUGCCACGGACCUUUCUAGACUCUCUUUACAUCUCCUCGAACAUAAAUGCAUGCCUAUACUCUGUUUAUAUAAUACGCCGGCUCAGUAUGUUAAGUUACCUGAUUAUGUGGCACCCUGGUGCGAUAUCAGGGACCUGAGACCUCCUGGACCAAAGAGACCUAAUAAGAGGCUGCUGAAGAAGGAGGUGUCUCUGGACAGCGACACGUGGCGCAGGAAAUAUGGACAUCUUACGUCUGGAGUGUUAAGAUCAUCAGUGGACGACGGUUUACAACGACGUUUUAGCGUAAGUGCAUCAAUGGACGAGAUCAGCAAAGUCGGAUUAACGAGUAGUCCUUCGGGACUCGGACCGGAACAGGCCGCCCUAGCUCAGUCGCAGCAUUUCGAUCAGCUGGAGGCACUUUGGAACAAGCAGUCGCCUCCUGCCAGGCCUCGUUCUCACGGUAGAACACUUUCCAAGCAGAGUUCUCUGCAGGCCACGCGAAUAUCCGACUCGGAGGAGGAGGGUGUACCAGACUAAAGAGAUAAAACGUUCUAUUACAAGCUAAACGGACUAAAUCCUAAUCGUCGUACCUUCUUCCUUUUCCACUAUCUUCCGAACGAAGAGAAACGAGAAAAUGGCGUGCUACGAAAAGCUACGACUUCUCGUGUCCGAUGCAAUAAACGUAAUUAUAUAGAAGUAUAAACAAACGCACGUAUACAUACUACAUGUAUAUCGAUAUUAGCGAAACAAUAAAUUAAAAGUUAUUUAUUUUCAUCGUUCAUCCUCGACUCUACAGGGAUCAUUUUUAUCGUGAGAAAAAGAUAUAUUACUUUGAUGUAUUUAUUUAUACAACUCGUGAAUUUGAUCUUUUAUAACGAAUUUGUUGUG